CCCCUUUCUAUGGAGGAUUUAUUUAUUUUCUCCCCCGUUUCUUCCCUUGCUCCCGCCGUCCAUUACCACUGAGAGUACCGGGAAAUAAAAACCCCCGCAGCGGGACAGGGUUAGGGGCUGAGCAGCAGACGGGCUGGACACCGCCGCGGAGCCGCCGAGGAUGAGAGCCGCCGCCGGGACGCAGAGCCGCGCGGAGCCGCCGCCGCUGAGCACCGGAGGAGGCGACAUGACCGCAGAAUAAACAGCGGCUCCCGCCAGGAUGUCGAGAUCGGCCGGACUUGGGACCGCAGCGCCCGCCGGGGCCGGAGCAGAGCUGCCGGACCUGAGCCACCUGACCGAGGAGGAGCGCAGCAUCAUCCUCUCAGUGAUGGAGAGGCAGAAGAAGGAGGACGAGAAGGAGCAGAGCAUGCUGAAGGAUCAGGAGGAAGUGAAAGCUCCCUCAGCUUCGUGGAAUCCGUUCUCAGGGUUCAGUCAGUUGGUCAAUAACGUUGCUGCCAAUGUGUCCGAAGUUCUGCAGGUUAAAAGUCCGACUGACAACGAGUCGCCGACGAAGUUACACCAGCAGUUUGAGAUGUACAAGGACCAGGUGAAGAAGCUGGGGGAGGAGCCUCCGGCGGCCCAGACGGCCCGGGCCGAGUCUCCCACCUGUGGCAUCUGCCACAAGACCAAGUUUGCAGACGGCUGCGGACGAGCCUGCUGCUACUGCCAGAGCCGCUUCUGUGCCCGCUGUGGGGGGCGCGUUUCCCUGAGAGCCAACAAGGUGAUGUGGGUAUGCAACGUGUGCAGGAAACAGCAGGAGAUCCUCACUCGGUCGGGGGAGUUUCACUCCAACACCUCGCUGCUGUCAGUGGAGCACAGCCCUCACGGGGGUCCCCACCCACCCACGCAGGGGCACCCGGGGGCCGGGGGGCCCCUGAGUAACGGAGCUACAGACCAGAGGCGGAGCCCCUCCGGGCCCUACUAUGAUGGACCUGGGGGCCACAUGGCCCGCUCGCCCUCGGACCACGGUCUGGACCGCCACACCCGCUCCCUGCACAGCUGCCAUGGCAACGGGGAGGAGGAGCUGCGGACCCGGAGGCGACCAAUCAGAGACGGACGAGGGCGCUGGCACUCACAGGACCACCCCCUGGACCAGGUUCUGGUCGACCGUGAGCUCCGCCGGCGCCGUGAGGAGGAGUUUCAGGCCCGUUACCGUAGCGACCCCAACCUGGCUCGGUACCCAGUGAAGCCGCAGCCGAGCGAGGAGACGAUGAGGAUGCUGGCUCAAGUGGGCCGGGUCCGCCACCAGCGCCGCCACAGCGACGUUUCCCUGGCAACCGCAGAGCCCGAGCAUCUGACCUCAAGACACGGAGCUCUCCGGCAGAACCGUCCUCAGGGCCUGGUGGGAUCGGGAGGUCAGAGGUCGUUCUCCGUGGACAGGUCAGCCAAUCACAGCAGCCCGACGUCUCCCCGCCGCAGCCCGCUGCCACACCAACACCUGGACCCCAGCUCCGCCCUCAAGAGGAAACCCACCAAUGACAGCAUGGUGCCCAGGGGGCGGAUGAUGGGGAAGAUGCACGUGAUCGGCAGCUUCAGCAGCUCAGAGGAGGAGCUGGCCACCACGCCGGACUACACCAGCUGUGAUGAGCCCGACCGAGACAUGGAGAGCCAGUGGUGGGAUCAUGGUUCCUGGCAUGGCGAGCCUCUGCCCAUGUCCAUGCACCCGGUCACGUGGCAACCGUCCAAGGAUGGAGAGCGUCUGAUUGGUCGGAUCGUGCUGAACAAGAGGAUGAAGGACGGGACGGUUCCUGCAGAUACAGGAGCGCUGCUGGGACUCAAGGUUGUCGGUGGGAAGAUGACGGAGUCGGGUCGCCUGUGUGCAUUUAUCACCAAGGUGAAGAGAGGAAGUCUGGCCGAUACUGUCGGACACUUGAGACCAGGCGAUCAGGUCCUGGAGUGGAACGGCAGGGUUCUCCAGGGGGCCACGUUUAAUGAGGUCUACAACAUCAUCAUGGAGUCUAAACCAGAGCCGCAGGUGGAGCUGGUGGUGUGUCGCCCCAUCGGAGACGUCUCCAGAGCAGCAGACGGCUCUCACGUUCACCUGGACUCCAGUUCCAGCUCCUUCGACUCUCAGAAAGUCGGUCCGUCCAUCUCCGUCACCUCGCCCAUGAGUCCCAGCGUUCUGUCCGGACAGGUUUCCACUAUGAACAGGCGUCCUCUGGUUCCCAGAAUCCAGAUAAAGCUGUGGUACGAUAAAGUUGGUCAUCAGCUGAUUGUCACUGUUCUCGGAGCCAAAGAACUUCCUGUUCGGGACGACGGCCGGCCCAGGAACCCCUACGUUAAGAUCUAUUUCCUGCCAGACAGAAGUGAUAAGAGUAAACGCAGGACAAAGACGGUGAAGAAGUCUCUGGAGCCGCGGUGGAACCAGACCUUCAUGUACUCUCCGGUGCACCGGCGGGAGUUCAGGGAGCGGAUGCUGGAGCUGACGGUGUGGGACCAGGCCCGAGUCCGGGAGGAGGAGAGCCAGUUCCUGGGAGAAGUCCUGAUAGAGCUGGAGUCGGCGCUGCUGGACGACCAGCCUCACUGGUACAAGCUGCAGCUCCAUGACGUUUCCUCCGUGCCGCUGCCCAACGCCUCCCCGUACCUGCAGAGGAGAGCGCUGCAGGCGGAGCACGCUCAGAGCAGCCGCAGGCUCCAGAACAAAGGUCCUUACUAUAACUCAGGGUCUCAGAGGAUCAGUGACAGUGAGUUCUCAGAUUACGACUGUGAAGACGGCAUCGGGGUGAUAUCAGAUUACAGACAGAAUGGCCGGGACUUCCACAGCUCCACCCUCUCAGUGCCAGAGCAGGUGAUCUCCUCCAAUCACUGCUCACGAUCCGACAUGAUCCGGAUGAGGUCACGGUCGCCGAGCCAACCGCCUCCUCAAAGCACUAACCCUCCGUACCCGUUGUACCGGGAGGACGCCGUGCGUCUGCUGCGAGGCUCCAAACUGAGCCGAGCGCUCUCUGACGCCACCCAGUACAGCAGCCUGGACAGGCGACCACUAAGGAGAAUGUCUGUUGCCAACUCUCUUGAUUCCUAUGACAGAUAUGGUAAUGGUCCACUCCCCACCUGGACCAACCAUGUGAUGAAUGGGAAUUGUGAGGACUACAGUCAGGACUUCAUCCCCGACUUCCCCUAUGAGCCUGAUGCUUAUGAUGAGGAACUGCUGAGGGCGAACGCCCGAGGUGGAUCUGGCCUCACGAGCCCGACGGGGACGCCGGUCUGCAGCCGCAGAGGACGACAACUUCCUAUCGUGCCGCCAAAGGGAGGUCCAGACCGAGAUGGAGAGCCCUCUGACCCUGUUCAGAAAGUUAUGGCCAUGCCAACGACAGGAGCACCACCGACAACUGCAAUCCCUUACAGUCAAGUCCCCCCCCCUAACUACAAACAGGCCCCUCCUCCAGUCAGUCACCAACCCCCUCCUUUUAUACGAAUCCAGGGGCCAUGUCCUCCUCCAUCUGUUGUAACUCAGCCAUCCCCUGCACCUGCACCUGCGCUUCUGCGAGCACCUGUGCCUCCACCUGCACCUGCGACUGCACCUGCACCCAUGCCAGCACCACAUGCACCCAUGGCUGCACCUGCACCUAUGCUGGCACCCCCACAUGCACCCAUGCCUGCACCCACACCCACAAAUGCACCUGCACCUGCACCUGCACCCGCACCUGCACCUGCACCUGCACCUGCACCUGCACCUGCACCUGCACCUGCACCUGCACCUGCACCUGCACCCGCACCUGCACCUGCACCUGCACCUGCACCCGCACCUGCACCUGCACCUGCACCCGCACCCGCACCUGCACCUGCACCUUCACCUGCACCCGCACCUGCACCUAUCCAGGCUCCCCCUCCUGCCCCAGCUCCAGUCACUCCUGAACCCGCCUUAACCCCGGUACCCCCUCCCACACCUACCCCAACACCCACCCCUGCCCCUUCUCCAGCCCCGCCCCCACUCACUCCAGAUCCAGAGAGACGCUCAGCGACACCUGGUGGGACCAGAAAAGAGGUCAAAUGGGAGGACCAGCAGAAGAAAACAGCGAACGGGGAUGUGUUACAAGCAGCCAAAGAAGGUGUGAUGAAGGAUCCCACUAAGCUGAGGGACAGCCUGUCCUUUAAAUCAUCCGACAGUGACGUCAGCGACGUUUCAGCCAUGUCCAACGCCUCUGACACCCGAUCCAUCCGCAAAAUGAGUACGGUGGAGUCUGUGGAUGGUCCGUCACUGGACUUGGAGGCAGGAACAGAGGAAGCAGCGGGGGCUGCAAAGGGUGAAGCCGUACUGCAAAAGAGCGAAUCAGUUGAGGAAGGAAAGGGAGAGGAGCCUUCAAAGCCAGCACCAACGCCCGGAGCGCCCAUCACAAAGUCCUCCAGUGUCGGGGGAGAGAUUUGUUCCUUGGGGAGAAAUGACGACGAUGACGACGACAAGAAGCGGCGUUCAAGCUUUGGAGCCAGAAUGAUGGGAAUGGUUGGACUGGGCAAGAAGAGUCAGAGUGCCUCUCAGCUCAACCCAGAGGAAGAGGAGAAGAAAAAGAAAGCAAUAAGACUUCCUGUCCAAAGGAGUGUAGAAACCGGAUUGGCCGUGGAGUUUAAGUCACGUUUCACCCGACAACCGAGCCGUGAUCCGGACGCUGAAGACCCCAAACCUGGAGCCCUCAUAUUUCCUGGAGUGAAAUUGGCCUCAGACAAACAGUUCACUGGUUUCCUGGAGGGAUUAGGCCCCGCCCAGCUGGCUGGACGGCAGACUCUGGCCACGCCCCCCAUGGGUGACAUCCAGAUUGGGAUGGUGUACAGGAAGGAACGUCUGGACGUGGAGGUGAUCCGAGCCCGGGGGCUUGUGGGUAAACAGGGCAACAAGAAUACUCCAGCUCCAUAUGUGAAGGUGUAUCUCAUGGAUAACGGGAAGUGUGUGCUCAAGAGAAGAACCCGUCUAGCAAGAAAAACCCUGGACCCUCUUUAUCAACAACAGCUGCAGUUUGAAGAAAAUCCCGAAGGAAAAGUCCUGCAGAUCAUCGUCUGGGGCGACUACGGACGGAUGGACCAUAAAUCCUUCAUGGGCGCCGCUCAGAUCCUACUGGACGACCUGGACCUGUCCAACAUGGUGAUUGGCUGGUUUAAACUGUUUCCUGCCACCUCGCUGGUGGACCCUGCCUUGGCCCCGCUCACCAACAAGGAGACGGAGGGGAAAUCGUAGCAUCAGAACAUGUGACUGACUACAGUGUCUCGGUUACGGGCCAGGAGCGAGCAGGAGGGGACGUUACGUUGCUGGGUGGCUUAAAAAAAAAAGAAGAAGAAGAAGAAGAAGAAGAAAAUGAUCCAGUGAUCCUCCUGUGCUGCUGCAUGCUGCAUGAUGAUGUCACGUUGAUGACGUACCAGUGCCAUGAUGAUGUCACCAGGAGGACGGUGGCUCCAUCCUUUGACCAGUGAGGACGGGACCACGCAGCAAAGGAUGCUUUGAAAAGAAGGGAGAGGCCGGUUGACCUAAAGCUCCCAGCCAAUCACAGCCGCUCCCCAGGAGUUAAAUGACUGUUAACGGCGCGUCCAGGACGGAGACUGUGGGUCCUGUCGAAUUGUGAAAAAAACUAAACAAAACAACAGAAACUUACCUCCUAUAGUCUCUUCCUAAGUCUCUUUGACCUCAUUGGAAAGCUUCAUGAAGGUAGCAGACGUUCUGAAAGACUUAGGAAAAGGCGUAUAAGAUGUAAAAUAGAACAUUACUUACCUUACUUAUGAGGUUGGUAGUUAAACUAAAUAAAGAAAAAAUGUGAAAGGCGUUGUCACAAGCUGCUCGCCUAUGCUGCUCACACUCAUCCUCCUGUUCUCAUAUUCAUUUUUAUGAAUCACAGUUUCUACAGCUGUUAACAUAAUCAAAAACUGUUUUUGAAUGUUGUGGUUGCAAGGACGAGUGGGACAGAAUUAUCUCAUUUCCUUUCAUAAAGGAUGGUCCAGUGUUUCUUAUGCUAAAUCAGUUGCUAAAGGAACCACUGAAGGUUAUUUUCCUUGGCUUUUAAGUACAUUUGUCAUUUCAUUCAAGCUGAAAACAAGUUUGGAACCUUCUGAAGCAAAAACGCCGUUCGACCGCACCUUCAACCUGUCAGGUUCCAAGAAGACGCAGGAAGACGGAGGUCUGUUUCUUUAUGUGUUUGCAUGGAACGAUGAGAAGAAUCGAAUUUUAAGAUCUGAAACAUCAGCUGUAAAAAGAACAUGAGGACAUGAGAACACAAGAACAUGAGAAUGUCGCCUGAAAACUGGAAAAUAAAAGAUUCUCA